GACGCGCGGCUCACUUGUUUCGUGGCCUUCCGAAAUAUGUCAACCUUAUCAAAAUUGUAGUGGAAAAUAUCAGAAAGAUUAUUUAUGUUACAAAAUUUUAGUUCAGUGUUCAAAUAGUUGUGGGUUUUAAUCAUCAAAAUGGCUAAAAGACCGUUAGGGCCGGGGCCCGGCGCCUACAUGCUGCCAACGACGGUCGGGUACCCGGCGCACGACCCGUCGCGCGACCGCGCGCCCAUGUACUCGUUCGGCACGCGCGCGGACAGCCGCUUCAAAACCAUCGGGCCCGGCCCGAGCUACCGCAUCGACCGGGUGACGCGCGACGGCGCCGUCACGUCGCCUAACUGGAGCUUCGGGGCCAGAUUUCCAACACGGUCGACGCUCCGCACGCCAGGCCCGGGCGCUCACGCGCCGGAGCGCUGCCCGCCAGUGACAGCCAGAGCCCCGCAGUACUCGAUGGGCGCGCGACUCGGCUUCGCGCUGAAGCGAAUGGUGCCCGCGCCCAACGCUUACGCGCUGCGCAUGGGUCCGGGCACGCCCGCCUGGACCAUGGCGCCACGCUCCGGUUUCAACCUCAAGGCCAAGUCGCCGGGGCCCGCCGUUUACUUCCAGCAAAACACCGACGUUUACAAGAAUAGGCAACCGAUUUACUCGCUGGGUGCGCGUUUGGGCUUCCAGAACCGCAGUAAGACCCCCGGACCUGCGGCUUAUCCACCCAACCUCUACAACACUAAGAAGAAUCCGUACUCAUACUCGUUCGGCAUACACCACGGCCUAUAUUCGGCGCCAAUGAUAGUCAAAGAAGACACCAUGGACUGCCUGUGAAAAGUUAGUCGUCGUAGGGAGUCAACUGUAACGAAAAAAAAUAGUCGAUCGUCUGAAUUGGCAUGGUCACGCUGGGAGC